CUUAAAAAAAUAACUAUAGUUAUCAACCAGAUUCUUUAAAUAUUUGUGCAAAGGAUUAGUAAGAAUGGACGAGAAAGAGUAUAUCACUUCUCUUCUUCCUUUCUUGUGUGGGAGUUGGAUACAUUAUUCGUUCAUUCUAAAUAUUUUCUAACGCAAUUACGAGCUUUAUAAUAAAUAAAUAUAAAUAAAACAAAAAGAAAAAUAAAAUACCGGCUUAAUCAGUUAAUUGGCUAUGUUUCGUAUUUUCUUUCAUAAUUUCGCUUACAAUUUGCGGCCUACGGAUUCAAACCGUCUCUUUUCGGAUACACACACUCCCAUAAAGGAACCUUUGGCGCCAAAAUUCAAUAUCAAAUUCCACAUUUCUCUCUGUUCCUCCAACUCUUUUAUCUGCAUUCUGAUCGCUAUACGAUUUCAGGUUCCGUCAGGUACACGAGGAACGAGAUAGUGAUAACUGAGUUUCGGUAAAAUUGUCCGGCCGUUGAUCAUAAAUAAAAUAAUUUCACGAUUACAUGUGAGGUGUAUUUGCCAUUAGACAUGUGAAGCCUGUAUUUGAAAGCUGAAAUGAGAUGCAAUGCAUGCUGGCGAGAAAUAGAAGGACGAGCGGUUUCCACUACAUGUGGUCAUCUGUUGUGUACGGAUGAUGCCAAUAAGAUAUUGAGUAACGAUGGAGCAUGCCCCAUCUGUGAUCAAGUGCUUUCAAAGAGCCUCAUGAAGCCUGUAGAUAUCAAUCCCAACGACGAAUGGAUAAAUAUGGCCAUGGCUGGAAUAUCUCCACAGAUAUUGAUGAAGAGUGCAUACAGAAGUGUGAUGUUCUACAUUGGCCAAAAAGAACUGGAGAUGCAAUUUAAGAUGAACCGGAUUGUUGCUCAAUGCCGGCAGAAAUGUGAAAUGAUGCAAGAGAAGUUUACAGAAAAAUUAGAGCAGGUUCAUACGGCUUACCAAAAAAUGACCAAGAGAUGCCAGAUGAUGCAGCAGGAAAUCGAGGUCUUAACCAAGGACAAUCAAGAACUCCAGGAAAAAUUUGCUGAAAAAUCCAGGCAGAAGAGAAAAUUAGAUGAAAUGUAUGACCAACUAAGGAGUGAGUUUGAGUCAGUGAAGCGGUCUGCCAUACAGCCUGCAAGCAACUAUUAUAACAGAAAGGAUAAUGAUUUGUUCUCUAAUCCACCUAACAUUAUGGAUGAGAGACAAACUGGCAGAAAAGGUCUGGUAUUCACUCCUGACACUCCAGGGCCAAAAGAGGAUGUGUGGCCUGCAAGACAGAAUAGCAAUAACUCUGGUGGCCGCUUUGAUAUCUCUAUUGGCUCACCAGCUAAACAAGCAGUCAGUCCAGGGAAUGCAGGGAACAGAAAGGUUGGUGCUCACUCAGUUUUUGGAGCUGGUGGCACAAGCAACCCUUCAAUGAAUCUGAGGAACUUGAUACUUUCUCCAAUAAAGCGGCCUCAGCUCUCACGUAACCGGCCCCAAUUAUUCACGUUAUAACCUCAGACGAUGCUCAACCAUCUAAGACUCAAGUUAAGCUGUCUCUUCCGGGUUGUUUCUGGCUUUAGCUUUUUUUCCCUUCCUUUAUGGCGAAACAAAAAGGCGAAAGUAACUCUGUUGUCCUUCUUUUAAUGAAUUCCUAGUUUUCUUUGGAUA